GAAAUUCCGGUCGUUUUCGGUCUUCGAAAAAAUAUUGGUCAGUGGCACUCACGUUUCAAGUUCAUCCAUUAUUUUUUCGUUUGAUCGUUUGUUCAUUAGUCGUUCCGAUGUUAGAAGAUUAUCAAGAACAACAGUGAUUUUCGUGUGUUUCAGCACCGGUCUUGUGAAGCGUGUCUUUUCUGGAUCUAGAUGGAUUAAGCCAGUGGGGUGAAGCUCAACAUGAACACGUGCACUACUCUGAUACUCCUUCUGCUCCUUGCAACAACCGAGCAAAGAAGCCAGAGUUUUUCAGCAAUUCGCGCCAAGAGAAGCGAGCAUGUUCCUUCCCUGGAAACUCCCACAUUCAGGCGCGACUCCGUAGAACAUAUCCCGGAGGAGGUUUCCUCCAGCAUGAAAGCCUCCUAUAUGAGCCUAGAGGAAUUCGGAAGCAAAAGCCUUCCACUGAGAACAGCCGUGGAAAGCGUUCCAGACAUAAGCAGCAAUUCCCAUCGUCUUCCUCUACGCGAUGCUGUGGAAAGGCGACCACUGCCAGAAGAAAGCCAGCUGAAGAAGCACGAAAGUCUUCAACUCCAACAGCCCACUUUUCCAAACUACCUCUUGCAACCGAUAGGAUGGGGGCUUAAUUCGCCCUCAACCUUUUACUCGCCUGCUAAUCAUUUUAGGGCAAUGAUCAGCAGCUAUCUACCCUACAGAGUCAGCAAUGGAUACCAGCAGCUGCUGAUCAGCCCGUUCAGCUACAACCGAGGACGCAGCUUAAAAUUAGAAGACAAUGUGGAACAAUUUGAAAACAUCGCCGACAAAAAGAUCGUCUGCUACGUAGAAGCGGCCGCAGCCUAUAGAAAGCAGCCAUUAACAUUCACACCAGAAGACUUGGAUCCUUAUUUGUGCACGCACAUUAUUUAUGCCUUCGCUUCUUUGGACCCUGUUAAUCACCAUGUUGUGUCCAAUGACGAAGAGUAUGAUAUUGUUCAAGGUGGAUACAAAGCGGUGGUUGCUUUAAAGCGCUUCAACCGGAAUUUAAAAGUUCUCCUCUCCAUUGGUGGGCCUCGCGAUGAAGCCUCCCACCGAUUCUCCAAUAUGAUCUCUGCAGCCAAUGGAAGGAGAGACUUUAUUAGGAGCGCUUUCAGCUUAGUCAAGGAGUUUCACUUUGAUGGUGUUGAAAUCCAUUGGGAAUACCCUGCUAACGAAGAACUUGGAGGCCGAGCGAGCGAUAAGGAGAACUUCCAGUUCUUGAUCGAAGAACUUUCCGAGGUCUUCAAGCAAUCAGGCCUGCUAGUGGCUGUUGCCGCACCAGCUUCAAGAUUCCGUAUUGAAGACGGAUUCUACCCGUCUAAGCUAAACGACUUUGUGGACUUUGUGAAUGUCCAAACCUACGACUUCCAUAGGGAUAGAGACCCAGUGGUUGACCACCACGCCAGCUUGAAUGCUCGGCCUACCGAUGAGGGCCUUAACAUAUUUCUAAACGCUGAUUACGCCAUCAACUUCUGGAUCAAAAAUGGCCUUUCCAGCACCAAAAUCAUCCUCGGAGUUCCGUUCUUUGGCCGCACGUUCACGCUGCAGUAUAUUAACGAUACUCAAGUGGGGGCGCCGAUUAAAGGUCCAGGACAUCAAGGCUUCUACACGCAAAAGCCGGGUUUUUUGGCCUAUUUUGAAAUAUGCGACAUGGUAGUGAAUGAGGGGUGGUACCAAGGCGAAGAUGAGGACGGUUCUCCUUAUAUCGUCAAUGGCGACCAGUGGGUCGGAUACGAUAACGAAAAAAGCAUUAAGAGAAAGAUCGCCUAUGUGAAAAACCAAAACUUGGGAGGCGUCUUUGCAUGGGCGGCUGACUUGGACGACUUCAAAGGACUAUGUGGAAGCAAAUUUCCGCUGUUGAACAGCAUUAACAAGCAACUGAGAGGCAAAGCCCCUCCAUCCCUGCAGACUGAUCAGCAGAGCCCAAUCAAACCAUUCGGGACUUGUGAGUCUGAAGGCUACUACAGUGAUCCGAAGAACUGCGCGGGUUACUACGUGUGUAAAAAUGGCCUGAGCUAUCAUCUUUCCUGUGGAAAUGAUCGCAUGUUUGACUCAGCUACCGGAAAAUGCAGCAAGUUGCAGGCUGGCAAAUGCAGGCCGGGGGAAAUGGUCUAUAUUCACCAGAAACUCAAGAAACUGAACCAGGAACUAUUCCCGGAACUUUUAAGGGACAAUGAGCCCAAGGUGGUUUGCUACGUUACAAACUGGGCUUUCUACCGCAAAGCGGAGGGAAAGUUUGUGCCAGAACACAUUGAUCAGCGACUCUGCACUCAUUUGGUCUACGCCUUUGCCAGUCUGGAUCCCGAAACUUUGCUGCUAAAGGAGUUUGAUUCUUGGGCAGACAUAGAUAACAAUUUAUACCAGAGAAUAACAUCGCUAAAGGACACCAAAGUCCUCCUUUCCCUUGGCGGGUGGACGGACUCAACAGGCGACAAAUACUCCCGCCUGGUAAGCGACGGAUCGGCAAGAAGACGCUUUGUGGUGGGCACUUUGAGCUUCCUAAGAAAGCAUGGCUUCAGUGGACUCCACUUAGACUGGAACUACCCGAUCUGCUGGCAGAGCAACUGCAAGAAGGGCCCGGCUUCGGAUAAGCCCAACUUCACCAAGCUGCUCCAGGAGCUACAGCGGGAGUUCGACAAGCAAAGCCCACCCCUCAUUCUAGCCGCUUCUAUUUCCGGCUACAAAGAGGUGAUUGACGUCGCCUACGAUUUGCCCGCAAUUGGUCAAGCUUUGGACUUUAUUUCCGUGAUGACUUACGACUACCAUGGAGCCUGGGAGGGCAGAACUGGGCAUGUCAGUCCGCUUUAUCACCAACCUCUGGACAAAUAUCCUCAAUAUAACACGAACUUCACAAUGGAAUAUCUGGUGUCCAAAGGAGCCCCCAGAGGGAAACUUCUGCUAGGGGUGCCGUUCUACGGCCAAAGUUUCAGCCUGGCAAAGACCAACAGCUAUGCAGAGGGAACGCCUUCAAUCGGUCCCGGAAAGCCUGGGGAAUACACCAAGCAGCCCGGAAUGUUGGCGUACUACGAAAUCUGCUACAGAAUCAAAAGCCAGAGCUGGGUGAUGAACAAAGGCUCUUUAGGAUCUGGCCCUUUCGCCUACUUGAAGGACCAGUGGGUAGGAUAUGAAGACAUUGACUCCAUCAAGGAAAAAGCCAAUUACAUUAGAACUAGCGGCUUUGGAGGCGCGGUUGCCUGGACCAUUGAUCUGGACGACUUCAAUAACCGAUGUUGCACCGGAAGUUUUCCGCUGCUUCACAGCCUUAAUGAGGCUUUGGGGCGCAUUUCCUCCACUCCGGUGCAAGGAGAUUGCACCAAACCUCCCACACCGUCUACUCCGGCUCCUCCCGAAACCACCACAGGAGUGGACUCAGGAUCUGCAACAUCAGAACAUAGUCAUCAAAGCACCUGGACGACAACCACGACUAAAAGAACCACAACGCAGCCUUGGUGGGUGGCGUCGUCCACUUCUUCCGCUUCCAGUCCCGCAACAACCCGAAAACCUGUGGCCACGCCCACUGUUUGGUGGACAACGUCUUCUAAAAAGCCCACCACUUCAGUGGGGGUUUGGUGGACUACGUCGACUCAACCUUCCACUUGGUGGAGCACCAGCAAAAGCACAGCCAAACCUUCCACCACUCCUUGGUGGCAAACCACCCAACCUUCCACCACUCGCCCAGCUUCAAGCACUUCUGAGGCCACAACCACUCAACAAUCUUUUACGCCGUUGGUGCCUCCGCCCGCAGUCAUUCGCCCGGAUAACCAAAUGCCUCCGAAGAGUUGCGAGCCCGGGCAGUAUAUGGCUGAUCCCAACAACUGCAAUGCGUUUUACAGAUGCGUUGGGGGCGAGUUGACCAAGCAAUACUGCGCCGGUGGCUUGCACUGGAACAAAAACCGACUGAUUUGCGACUGGCCAACCUCAGCCAAGUGCAAAGAGCUGCGUAAGUUCCUCAUGAUUUAAACCCAUUUUUACUCACAAACGGCGUUUGGUUUGGUAGAGUAUUCGGCAACUUCCAAACCCUCCACCACACAGAACACCAAGUCGACUCCACACCAUUUUGCCUCCACACCGACGACUCCUCUGAGCCACUACUCAGAAAACGGGUGUGAAACUGGUGCCUACUAUCCGCAUGAAAGUUGCGAUCAGUUCUACGUCUGCUACAAUGGCCAUCUGAUCGCUCAGGCGUGCGCUCCAGGGCUUAAUUGGGACUCAGAAAAAGGAAUGUGUGACUGGAAGUUUAAGGUGCGAUGUCUUGGCAGGAGAAAGUUGGCCGAGAAGUACACUUUGCUCCAUAACUUGGCGAUUUAUCGUCCAAGGCCCUACUCGACUUGUGAGCAGAACGCCUUUGCCCCCUAUCCAGGGGACUGCGGCCGAUACAUGCAGUGCCUGUGGGGAAAGUUCGAGGUCUUCCAUUGUGCCCCCGGCUUGUCCUGGAACAGCGAAAUGAAAAUUUGCGACUGGCCCAAAGGAGCCCACUGCCUAGAGGCGGAGAACGAAAUAGACGUCCUGGUGCCCAAUGAGGAAACGCCUUCUGCGCCCCUCCCGCCAUUGAAGCCCUCAACUUCCAAGCCGCCAGCAACCACCGAGUGGGAAUGGAAGCCUCCGACCACCAGCCAACCGGGCGAGAGCCCUUGGGAGUGGCACCCUCCAAUCCCUCCCACUUCUGAGCAACCUCCCCUUUCUGAGCCGCUGAAGCCCAAGUCUGACUAUUUCAAGAUCGUGUGCUACUUCACCAACUGGGCCUGGUAUAGGCAAGGACAGGGCAAGUAUCUGCCUGAGGACAUCGACGCCAACUUGUGCACUCACAUCGUGUAUGGUUUCGCUGUUCUGGACUUCUCCAAUCUUAUAAUAAAGGCCCAUGAUUCGUGGGCGGACUUUGAUAAUCAGUUUUACAAAAGAGUGGUGGACUACAAAUCGAAGGGUGUGAAAGUUUCCAUUGCAAUUGGAGGCUGGAAUGACUCCCAAGGAGACAAAUACUCCCGGCUGGUCAACAAUCCGGACGCCAGAAGGCGGUUUAUUGAGCACAUUGUCAAGUUCCUAGACAAGUGGGGCUUUGAUGGACUCGACUUGGAUUGGGAGUACCCCAAGUGCUGGCAAGUGGACUGCAAAAAAGGGCCAGACUCAGACAAGCCCAGCUUUUCGGCUUUCGUCAAGGAGCUGAAGGAGGCCUUUGAGCCUAAAGGCUAUCUGCUAUCAGCGGCGGUUUCCCCAAGCAAAACCGUCAUCGACGCAGGCUACGACGUGCCUGUCCUAGGAAAGUACCUGGAUUGGGUGGCUGUGAUGACCUACGACUUCCACGGCCAAUGGGACAAACAGACUGGACAUGUAGCCCCAUUGUUCUACCACCCAGAGGAUGAAGUGGAGUGGUUCAACUCAAACUUCUCCUUGCACUACUGGAUAUCCGAGGGAGUUCCCAGGAGGAAAAUCGUGAUGGGGAUGCCACUGUAUGGGCAGGCUUUCAGGCUGGAGAAUGAGACGGAUAAUGGGCUAAAUGCCAAGGCGCCAGGACCUGGAGAAGCCGGACCUUAUACCAAAGCAGCCGGCUUUCUGGCUUACUACGAAAUUUGCGAUAAUAUCCAGAAUAAGGGCUGGAAGGUUGUCCAGGAUCCCAAGAGGAGAAUGGGGCCGUACGCCUACAAAGCAAACCAAUGGGUAUCGUUUGAUGAUCGAGAAAUGAUCCGGAUUAAAUCCGAAUUCAUUCGCCGAAUGGAUCUAGGGGGCGGCAUGAUAUGGGCUCUGGAUCUGGACGACUUCAAGAACAAAUGCGGAGCUGGACGCCACCCUCUUUUAACCACCAUCAGGAACGUUUUGGCUGAUGCAGGCACCGGAGUUCCAGAGCCAAUUCCCCCAAUCGACAACGAUGUCGUUCCUGACCAACCCCAGCCAGUUGAAGCUGAGGAUGCAGAUGAUUGGUCGAACACAACCCAUCAAGCUGUUGUCGACCAAUCAAGCUUAGCACCAGCGGUGCCACAAACCACCUCGCAACCGCUAGUGAACCCAAACAGCGAGUACAAAGUGGUGUGUUACUUCACCAAUUGGGCGUGGUAUAGGCAGGGGCGUGGCAAGUACGUCCCAGCUGAUAUUGAUCCAGAUUUAUGCACCCACGUCGUCUACGGGUUUGCGGUGUUGAAUGGAGAUGAGCUGGUGAUUAAGCCCCAUGAUAGUUGGGCCGACUUUGAUAACAAAUUCUACGAAAAAGUCACCGCAUUGAAAGCCAAAGGCAUCAAAGUGCUUAUAGCGAUUGGAGGAUGGAAUGAUUCAGCCGGAGACAAAUACUCGCGACUGGUUAACAAUUCUUCGGCCCGCAGAAGGUUUGUUGCCCAUGUGGUGAACUUCAUCGAAGCCAAUAACUUCGACGGUCUGGAUCUGGACUGGGAGUAUCCCAAAUGCUGGCAAGUCGACUGCAACAAAGGCCCGGCUACAGACAAGCCAGCCUUUGCCGAGCUAGUCAAAGAGCUGCACGCAGCCUUCGAGCCGAAAGGUUGGCUGCUUUCAGCUGCAGUUUCUCCUAGUAAAAGGGUGAUUGAUGAUGGGUACGAUGUGCCCAUUUUGUCCAAGUAUCUGAGCUGGAUUGCAGUUAUGACUUACGACUACCAUGGACAGUGGGACAAAAUCACUGGGCAUGUUGCGCCGAUGUAUACACAUCCGGAAGAUAUUGAUGCCACCUUCAACGCCAAUUUCACCAUCAAUUACUGGAUAGAAAAGGUCGAAGACCGAAAAAAAAUCGUCAUGGGGAUGCCCAUGUAUGGCCAGUCCUUCUCCUUGGCCGACAACAAAGAGAACGGCUUGAACGCGGCCACUUAUGGAGGAGGAGAAGCCGGAGAAGAAACGCGCGCUCGAAGCUUCCUGGCCUAUUAUGAGAUUUGCACAAAUAUUCWGAAAAAGGGCUGGAAAAUCG